GCGAGUUCCGGCUGGAGGUGGCGGCGGCGGCGGCGGCGGCGGUCCGCGGCUGUCGGCAGGUCGCCGGGUGGUGGCUUCCCCAGGGCAGAGAUGGACCCUCUAUCUCCUGGAUCUGAUUGUUUGUGGUCAUCCAUUUAUCUUUAAGCAAAUUCCUUGAGGGCCUCUGAGACUCAGUCUUUCCCCCUCUCUCUCAGUCCCAUUGAGUUAGAGCCCUCGUCCUGCAGAGCUGGAGAGGGAUGACGUUUGCCGAGGAGAAGACUUUCGAGUAUAUCCGCCGCAAUUACCGCAGAUUUCACCAUAUUCCUGUUCUGGAGAUUCUGCCUUACUUGUCUUGCCUCACAACCAGUGACCAGGACCUACUGCGGGCCCACCUCGAACUCAAGGGGAACCGGAACACCAUUUGGGAUCUCUUCAACAGCCUUCAGCGACGCAGCGGCUGGGUGGAGUCCCUCAUCUGGGCACUGAGGGCCUGUGAGCUGGCUGCUCUUGCUGACGAAGUGGACCGCGUCUAUCAGAGCAACCUGCCCUUGAACCAGAGACGGCCCCCAGCCCCACCGGAGCCGCCGUCGGUUCCUGCUGAGACACCAGGGCCCUCCACACCCGCUGUGGCCCCCAGUGCCUCUCACAAUAGCUACAGAGACGAGCCAAGUUACCCCAUGCCUGUCCAGGACACCCAGUCGCCAGCGUCCCCGGGAGAGAAUUCGAAGAAGCCCCCGCAGACAGCCAGCUCUGGGGCUGACCUGAGGAGGCCCACUGGCCCCCAGGAGCCCUCCUCUGACAUGGCGUCCCUCAGCCCUCUGACAUCCAGUGGGCCUCAGGAGCAGGACAUAGAACUGGGCAGUGCCCACGUAACAGACAUGGUCUCCAGCAUGACAUCAUCCCAUGGGCCUGUCUCUCCAACUGCCUCCUUCCAGCCCCUGGCCCGUUCUACCCCCAGGGCAAGCCGCUUGCCUGGACCCCCAGUGUCAGCUCCGUCUACUGGCACCUUCUCCUCCUCUGCAAAGGGUGCUGGUGACCAGGCUGAAACUACCGCCUGCUCCAGUGGAGUAGCGGUACCCACCAACUCUGUGACCACCAGCACAGCACCUUCCAAGGUGCCCCGCCACUCAGCACUUACCAGCACAGUGCCUUCCAAGGUGCCCGCCAGCUCAAACACCCCUGGUAUAAUGUCCUCUAAUGUGCCCACCAGUCUAGCACCUUCCAAGUUGCCUAUCAGUUCAACACCUGCUGGCACAGUGUCACCCAAGGUACCUACUGUCUUGGUGCCUGACCACAGGAUGCCCACGAGCUCGGUGUCCAGCAAGGUGCCUGCCAACACAGCACCCACCAUCAGGAGUAGCGUCAGACCCUCGGAGGAGACGCCAGUGUCUCCAGCGCCCACAAGUGCCACUGCUAGAGGCAGCUCACCUUAUGCAGACAGCAGCUCCAGCAGCUGGGGCUCAGGGCCAGAGCUGAGCAAGCCAGGCGGGCUAUCUUCCCAGAUAGACAGCCAGCCAUUCUCCGGAUGCUCUGCGGACCUUGCCAUCAGCAACAACACGGAGCCAGGACCUGACAACACCCCGGAGGAGAACGAGUACAUGUCAGGGGACAUCCUUAGGGUCAUCCAUGUCGCUGAGGGUCCCAGUGCUGACCUCCUGGCAGGCAAUCCCGGGCUGCACGCUGCCACCCAGCUCAUGGAAGAGAAGGAAUUGCCUUGUGAUGGGAAGGCUCCGAGGGCUCCAUGGCUUGGGAUGGCUGCUGUCGGGGCGCUCCUGGCCACGGUCCUCGGAGUUGUGCUGUACCGGCGGCGCCUGCACCAAUGAAGCCCUCUGCCCUUCCCACCAUGCAUCUGCUCUGUUCUCAUUUAUACAUCUUCCUGAGGCAUGCAGCCAGUCCCACCCUCCUUGUCCCUUCCUUGGGUCUGGCAGAGGCUGGGUCAGAGGGGGCUGCAGCCCUGCGGGGAGGCUGUGCCAUUGCUGACUGAAGCCUGGGAGGCAGCAUUUCUGUCCAGCUGGUGCAUUCGGCAGCGUCCUCACCAUCCUUGGCUUUCUGGGCUCUGGGCUGUCCUGUGCCCUCCAGAUCUGCUGCCCAGCAAUCUGGGUUGUCGCCCUUGUCCUCGGGAGGAGGUCCCUCCGUCCAGGCCUUAUCUAUGUUUGCCAUGGAUCAGGAGGCACUGCUGAAGAGUGCAAAUCGUUAGCCGACCCUAACCCCCAUCCUGCCCUGGUCCCUGGCAGCUGACGGGUGUCCAGGGAGGGGGAUCCACAGGACCUCCCUCCUGAGGCCAUGGCCCUUGAGAGCCAUGAGAGAACACUGGAGCUGCUUCUUAUCCCCUGUCCCUUGUGUUCUCUGCCCAUGCCAGGCAAGGGUGGGAGGAGCCCAGAGGCCCUAUAGACCCCUGGGAAAGCCCCUUUCCAGUCUUCUCACCCCCUUCUCCGCUUCCCCUUCCUCCUGAUCC